AUGCCACUGACGGUGUGGGCGGAUCCAAUCGCCGGUGACGCGCGGCAACAAGGCGCGCACAUGCUGGAGGUCAUAAGGUACAGUACUCUCCACAGGCGCAGGGGCGUCGGCACCGGCGGCCGCAGGUGCGUCGAGUCCGUCGGCUUCACCGUCGGUGGGUACCAGUGGGCAAUCCUCUUCUACCCCGACGGCGACGACGCGCCCGGCAGCUCGGGGUACGUCUCCGUCUCCCUCGCGCUCCUCACCCGUCCCGCCCGGGUGAGGGCGUCCUUCAACCUGGGCCUGGUCAACCGCGCCACGGGGCUGCCGUCGUUCCAGCCCAAGGACACGACGGCGGUGUUCGACAACGCCGCCUGCUGCUGCCGCAUGUACCCCAUUCCCACCUGCCGCCACGAACGGAAGCGCUCCUGCCACGGCAUGCCGAGGCUCGUGAAACGGUGCGAUCUGGAGGCGUACCUCCGCGACGACGCCGUCACCGUCGCGUGCGUCGUGACGGCCGUCACCGGGACGGCGCUGACGUCCCGUGGCGCGCCGGAGAUCCGGGUGCCCGGGGGCAACCUGCACCUGCACAUCGGCGAGCUGCUCGUGUCCAAGGAAGGCGCGGACGUGACCUUCGGUGUGGAUGGCGAGGCAUUUGCAGCUCACAGGAUCAUCCUCGCCGCACGGUCGCCGGUCUUUGAGGCGGAGCUCUACAGCUCCACUUGCACUGCGGAGACGACAGACGCGCGCACUGUCGUGGUAGGUGACAUGCGGCCUGACACUUUCAGGGCGUUGCUCCAUUUCAUCUACACCGACUCCUUGCCGGCCAUGAGCCAUAUGGGCAUGGACGAGACGAGAGAGUUGGUCCAGCAUUUGCUAGCGGCCGCGGAUCGAUAUGCCAUUGACAGGCUCAAGGCGAUGUGCGAGCACAUCCUUGCAAGGACACUCCAUGUGGACAACGCGGCUAGCACAUUGGUUCUAGCCGAUCGGCAUGGCUGCGACACGCUUAAACAUGCUUCCAUCUAUUUCAUAGCAUCUUCCGAUAAUAGUGAAAUGGGUCAUGAUGAUGUGUCCGUAGAAGCAUUGGAGAAGACAGUGUAAAUUUCGGCCAAAUUUUAAAUGUAGUGUCUCAAUUUUAACAUAAUCUGGUUGAUUGUUUGUAACUUCUUCAAUCAUAUCAACAGCUUGAAAGUAGUUUCAUAUGAU